GUGACGCGCCCCCUCAUUUGCAUGCGGCGCGCCGAUUGGCCACGGCGACCGCCGGGGACCAGCGGCCGGCCCCCUCCCCCUCCCGCCGCAGCGGCGGCAGCAGCUGGUCUCGGUGUAAACAAGUCGCGGCGGCUGCGAACCCGGGCCGGGGGGGACGGCGCCCACCAGGAGCGCCCCCCACUCCCAGGCCAGGCCACCCCGGCGGACCGGGCCCCCGCGCGCCCAGGCGAGGCACUGGGCUCCCUCUGCUCCCCGUGGGCUGCUCCCCGCGUGGGGCCACUGCCCUCGGCCCCCGCCAUGGUGCGGAUUUCAAAGCCCAAGACGUUUCAGGCCUACUUGGAUGAUUGUCACCGGAGGUAUAGCUGUGCCCACUGCCGCGCUCACCUGGCCAACCACGACGACCUCAUCUCCAAGUCUUUCCAGGGCAGUCAGGGGCGUGCCUACCUCUUCAACUCUGUGGUGAACGUGGGCUGCGGGCCAGCCGAGGAGCGGGUGCUGCUGACAGGCCUCCAUGCUGUCGCUGAUAUCCACUGCGAGAACUGCAAGACAACUUUGGGCUGGAAAUAUGAACAGGCCUUCGAGAGCAGCCAGAAGUACAAAGAGGGGAAGUACAUCAUUGAACUCAACCACAUGAUCAAAGACAACGGCUGGGACUGACCCCUGCUCCUGCCGCAUGUGGCUCGAGCCCGGCCUGGCCGCCAGGGGGCGCCACUGGCUUCCCUCCACGAGAAGGGAGCUCUGGACCCUCAGGGCCCCUGCAGAGGAAGGAUCCAGCUCCUGUACAUAUAUUUUAUUGCAUGCACUGUGACCUUGGGGGGCGAUCAGAAGGUGGAAGACACCCCCGCACCUCCCUGCGAUCUGGCUGGCUUGGAUCUCGUUUUUAACCCCUUCGUGCCCCGCCUGCCCUAUAGAUAUGGCCUAUGUGCUGCUCCCCCAGCCCCAGUGCACCGUCUGCCCUGUGAACUCCUCCCACCGGGCCCCUCUUACCCCACUCCUGUCUGUUCCCCUCGUUCUGUAGCGUUUGUACAUAAUAAAACAAUGGAGUGGAGACAG